UCCCCGAGGCCUGGGAUCCCCUAGGCAGAGGUUCUCGAUGUCUUCUCUGGCCAAACACCAGGAACAGCUGCUGAAGGAUACGUGUUUUGGGCACUAAGGAUGCAGCAAUGAGCAAAACCAGACACAACAUCUCUUCUUUUUAACGAAGUGCAUGUUCAUCAUCUUUCAUAGAACUCACUAGACUUGGCCAUGAUCGCUUCCUCUUUUCAAACCACGUUGGCAGUUUUUGCCCUAAUUAUCCUGCAUAUCCGUGCACUGGAUACUUUUAAGGCUGCUGUAUAUGAACAUGCUGUCAUCCUGCCAAAUGACACAAAAACACCUGUUUCUUGGGAUGAUGCUUUGCUCCUCAUGAACAAGAAUAUGGAUAUUCUGGAGAGAGCAAUUAAGCAGGCAGCUGAGCAGGGUGCUCAAAUCAUUGUGACUGCAGAAGAUGCACUUUAUGGAUGGAAAUUUACCAGGGAAACCAUUUUUCCCUAUCUGGAGGAUGUCCCAGAUCCUCAGAAGAACUGGAUUCCAUGUCAAGACCCCCACAGAUUUGGUCACACACCAGUGCAAGUAAGACUCAGCUGCCUGGCCAAGAAUAACUCCAUCUAUGUCUUGGCGAAUAUUGGAGACAAAAUGCCCUGUAAUUCCCAUGAUUCCAAAUGUCCUUCUAAUGGCUAUUAUCAAUACAACACCAACGUGGUAUAUGAUUCAGAGGGAAAGCUGGUGGCACGUUACCAUAAGUACCACCUCUACCAUGAGCUUCAGUUUGAUGUCCCUGAAAAGCCAGAGGUGGUGACUUUCAACACCCCUUUUGGAAAGUUCGGCAUUUUCACGUGCUUCGAUAUUCUCUUCCGUGAUCCUGCUGUGACGCUAGUGCAAGAUUUCCACGUGGACACCAUAUUGUUUCCGGCAGCUUGGAUGAAUGUUUUGCCCCUUUUGACAGCUAUUGAAUUCCAUUCGGCUUGGGCAAUGGGCAUGAGAGUUAAUCUUCUUGCAGCCAACAUACAUCAUGUCCGCCUAAAUAUGACAGGCAGUGGUAUCUAUGCUCCACAUUCUCCCAAAGUAUACCAUUAUGACAUGGAAACGGACUUGGGAAAAAUCCUCCUUGCGGAGGUGGAUGCGCAUCCCCGCACCUCCCCGACCUACCCAACAGCCGUGAACUGGAGUGCCUACACCCUAAGCAUCCAGCCGUUCCCAAUACUGCAAAACUCCUUCAGGGGAUUCAUUUCCCGGGACGAGUUCCACUUCACAGAACUCUCUGAAAGUUCGGGAAACCUUACGGUCUGUCAUAAAGAGCUCUGCUGUCAUUUAAGCUACAGAAUGCUAGCGAAGGAGGAGAAUGAAGUGUAUGUUCUAGGAGCUUUUACGGGACUUCAUGGCCGAAGGAGAAGAGAGUAUUGGCAGGUAUGCACAAUGUUGAAAUGCAAAUCUACUAAUCUGACAACUUGCGGACAGCCUGUAGAAACUGCUCUGACGAGAUUUGAGUUGUUCUCUCUAAGUGGUACAUUUGGAACAGAGUAUGUUUUUCCCGAAGUGCUCCUUACUAAAAUCAAUCUGGCACCUGGAAAAUUUGAGGUACUAAAAGAUGGGCGUUUGGUAAACAAGAACGGAACAUCUGAGCCUAUCCUAGGAGUGUCACUGUUUGGGAGAUGGUACAUUAGGGAUGUACCACUUUCCAUCUCGGGAGGACCAGCACCUCAGCAAAAAAUGUACCUGAUAAUUUCCGCAUUAUUAAUGAUCAUAGCUUUGCAAAAUAUUGCCAUGGUAUAGGUAGGGUCCCUGCUUUGUCAUAUUCAUUGUUGCUCCCAAGUUUACUAAGAAACUUUGUAUGGCUAGAUCAAUUCUACAGACCAGUGAUUUCCAAAUAUAUAUAUUUUUUCUCAUCAAGGAUGAUUUGUACGUGUUAUGAUCCUUUUACCCCUUUUUGGGCUGCUUUGAAAUAUCACAGUACUACAUAAUGCUAUACUUGAUAUUUGGGUCAGGUAAAUGAGGAUCAAAUCUUGGCUCUGGCCUUAUGUGCUGUGUAACUUUGUGUGUGCUUGUGUGUGUGAAAGGGAGCAGAGUAAAGAGCUAUUGUAAAUAUAGCCAUGGCCUUGGAAGAGAAUAGUAAUAAUGGGAACUGAGAGGCUUAUGACUGAAUUCCCUUUGACAUUAAAGAAAACCUGAAUUCA